AAAGGAAAAGGAAGAAGAAGAAGAAGAGAGUUUACGCGGGUGUGUGUGUGAGUGUUUUGAUGUUUUGGUCAUAGAUGUAUUAAUGGUAAGUCAGUGGGCGGUGUCAGAAGCUUUGCGGAAGUUUGUGAAAUAAGAGUCACAUGACCGGACAGCAGCAGCCGGAGAAAAUGAUACCGAGACAUGGAUAGAAUCCUCCGGACACGGUGACUGACAUCCACAACCAGCACGAUGGAGGAGAUUAAAGUGUCUCCUGACUAUAACUGGUUCAGAAGCACAGUGCCCCUAAAGAGAGUUAUUGUCGAUGAUGAUGACAGUAAGGUGUGGUCACUGUAUGAUGCUGGUCCAAAGAACAUCAGGUGUCCCAUCAUCUUCCUCCCUCCAGUCAGCGGGACAGCGGAGGUGUUCUUCCAGCAGGUGUUGGCUCUGACAGGCUGGGGCUACAGAGUCAUCUCGCUGCAGUAUCCAAUCUACUGGGAUCUCAUUGAGUUCUGUGAUGGCUUCAGGAAGCUUCUGGAUCACCUGCAGUUGGAUAAAGUCCAUCUGUUCGGGGCAUCUCUUGGGGGAUUCUUGGCUCAGAAGUUUGCAGAGUACACACACAAAUCUCCCAGAGUUCAUUCACUGGUCCUGUGUAAUUCAUUCAGUGACACCUCCAUCUUUAAUCACACAUGGACAGCUAACAGUUUCUGGUUGAUGCCAGCCUUCAUGUUGAAGAAGAUUGUUCUGGGGAACUUUGCUAAAGGACCUGUGGAUACUAAAAUGGCAGAUGCAAUUGACUUCAUGGUUGACAGGUUGGAGAGUCUGAACCAAAGUGAGUUAGCAUCACGGCUAACGCUGAACUGUCAGAACUCUUAUGUGGAGCCGCACAAAAUAAAAGACGUUACUGUCACCAUUAUAGAUGUGUUUGAUCAGAGUGCUCUGUCAGUGGAGGCCAAAGAGGAGAUGUAUAAACUGUAUCCUAAUGCCAGGCGAGCCCAUCUGAAAACGGGGGGGAACUUCCCGUACCUGUCCAGGAGUGCUGAGGUCAACCUCUACAUACAGAUUCACCUGCGUCAGUUCCACGGGACGAGGUACGCCGCCAUCAGUUCUGACAUGGUGAGCGCUGAGGAGCUGGAGGUGCAGGAGAGUCACCUGAGCUGUAACCAGGACUCUGAGGACGAGCGGUGAAACGACCUUUACCUGACGGCUGUUUCCUCUGAACAUUCCCAACCACUUCUCUCGCAGUUCACAGGACAUUCUCCAGAUUUUCUAUGGAGCUCAACAAUCAACCACAGAGUCGAGUGGGAUUAUUUUUAUUUGACAGAUGAAGCAAUAUUUUAAUAUUGACCUGUACAUAAAUGUUUCUCAGCUGCUUUUCUUUAAAAUGUAUGACUUCUGCCUUAUCUGGAAUGAAUCUGAUUAUUGCUGCACUCAUAAUCUGCCUGAACUGUUUGCCUCAAGUGUCCAUGUUUGUGUAAAAUAUAUAAUAUGGUUUAACACUGCCAGCAGUGAACUGGUCACCUUUUAAAUGGUUAGACUGGUUAUGGAGAGACAUCAUAUCUGACUGUUUGUGUAAUUCACUGGGAUGAAAUGACACCUUUUUUUUCUAUUUGUUUUGGAGCCUUUACAGUAACUUUUGAUUUUCACGUUGUGCAGUUCUUGUGUCCCAGUGGUGAACUGACUGAAACAUGCUGUGGCUGUGAGCAGAGAAGAGCCGUACAGCUUUCAGAUGCAGUCUUUGACUCACCAGUGUCUCCUUAUAACAGGAUCAUCUGUUGACCUGCUGAAGCUCCAUUUACUAAAGCUUUAUGAGAAACGAAUAAACCAACACAAAGGUG